AUGGCUUGCCGUAUCUUCCUCCCUUCCCCUCAAAUCCCUCCCUCCUCCUCUCCCCCCACUGAACCCCACCUCACUCCGCACCCACUCCGCCCCCUCUCCCUGUCUCCCCUCCCCCCACCUCUCCACUUUCUCCCCUCCUCUCUUCCCUCUCCCCCUCUCUCCCCCAUUCCGCACGCCCGUGCAUACCUCUCACGCCUGCCUCAGGAGGACAAGGCUGUUCUCACCUAUGUCUGCCCUGACCCCGCGCACCUGUGGACUCUAGCAGGCUUGGAGCUGAUGGAAAUCUUAGAGAGGAUGGGCGAGCGGGUUGCGGCCAUGGGCCUCAAGUGUGGCGAGAGGCGGCUGCACCAGCUGGCGAACGUGUUUGGGGAGAUGCGGCACCCCGAAACCGUCUUCUCCCACUUCAGGCUGGACGCCCAGGAGCAGGAGACGCUCUUCUGCUUCAUGCAGGAGGAGGUGGAGAAGCUGGGGGAGGUGCGCAGCUCCAUGGAACGACUCAACACUCUGCGCUCGCUGCUCAGUGACGCCCUGGCCGAUGGCGAGGGCAAGGAGGACGCAGAGAAGGAGGGUGACUCGUCCUCAUGGAUGCCUCGCUGCGACCUGCCAGGGGCUGAGGAGAUCCUCAAACUGCUGCUGGUGCUGGCGAUCAUCCUCCUGAGGGACCGAAUUAUCUCAGUAUUUGCCAUCAACGCGCGCUCCUCCGACGCCUUGACUCGCGAGGGAUCCCUGGGCCGCGCUGGGCUGGCGCUGCGCUACGCCAAGGUCAUCAACCUGGCGGAGAAGCUCAUGAAAUACCCCUUCAUGGCUGCUGGGAGUACACGGGACGAGUUGUACGGCCUGCUGACCUACAGCACCAAGAAAGACCUCGCCCUGCGGCUAUCCCGGCCUACCCUCUACCACGCACAGAAGGCAGUCAUCGAUGCCUCUCUCCUGGAUGCCCUGGAGGGGGUAUCCCGCCUCGUCGCCUCCGACGCCUCCAACCUCACGCAGCUCAACUCCCGCAAGAUGGAAGCCAUGGCUGCCGAGGCCCGCAAGAAGCUCGACAAAGCCUCUGCGGAUUCCAAGAAGCCCCGCGCGGUCAUGAUCUCGGGGAUCUUCAAGCCCAAGCGCGCUGCUGCAGGAAUCGUGCAGGGAGCGCCGCUGCCCAUGGUGUUUGAGCCGGCGACUGAGGUGGGGAAGGUCACGGAGAAAGGGAAGGCCCCCGAGCUGUCGCCGAGGGCGGCUGUGCCGCUGUCUCCCACUGGGGCGUCUGCUGCUGAGCCUGCUGCGAGUUUUCUGGUGAAAUCUGGGUCGGUUUCAGCCCCCAGGUCGGUUUCUCCUGCAUCUGCUGCUGCUGCUUCUUCGGUCUCUGCUCGGACCAGAUUUCCCACGUCAGCAUCUGUCUCUGUUGCUGGCUCUUCUGCUGCUCCCUUCAGGUCAUCUGACUUGACUCAGAAAGUCCCCCGACCCCUCCCUGCACUGCCAGCAGCACCUGAUGCAUCCACCCCAGGCCAAACCGGACCUCUGCCCUCUCCCUCUCUCCUCGCUCAGUCCCUGCUGUCCACCUCCUCUCUACCAUCUUCCCAGAUAUCUUCCCUCGUCGAAUCCACUCCUUCCCUGUCUCCUCCCCUCUCUGCCACACCUCACACCCCACCACCACCUGACACCCCCAACUCCCCUAAAAGCCCUCUGAAACCCCGACCUCCCUCACAGCCCCCUGUGCGCCCCCCUUUCCGUGGCUCAGCCGCCAACAGCGUGGACUUAACUGGGGGAGGUGACAACCCGAGGUCCCCCAGGGGGUUUGUUCGGGCUGCAGCUGAGGAAUCAGGCGGUUCUGCUGGGGCUGGGGGAGGGGCGGGGGCGGGGUAUGCAGAUCGACCCCCAAGAUCCCCCCGUGCUUAUGUGCGCUUUGCUGAUGCUCCUGCUGGUCUGGGUGCCCAGCAUCACCUCGUGGCCUUUCUAGACUCAGCCCUAGCACCCCCUCCACCAGCAACACCACAGACAGCAGCCAUGCCAACCGCCCUGUAA